GAUUCUGAACCGAGAGUAUUCAUAACAUGCAAGAAGGAAGCAGAUGCUAAAUUCGCAGAAUACGUUCGUCAUGUAGUUGAUACGUCAACAAUCUCAAAAGAAGCGCAAAAAGCAAGACCUGAUUACGGUAUUGAAAGUGUUCAACCGAACGACGUGGCAUGCAUCUGUUACACUUCUGGUACCACCGGUUCGUUGUUGGCCAGUUAUUUCGCUUGAGAACAAUUUUCUGUUUUUCCAAUUAGCAACAUUCAUUUUCUCCCAAAAUGGCUGA